AUUGCUAAGCAAUUGCUUGUGGGCCUUUAUGUUAGACUAACAUGAGCUGACGAAGCCGGGUCGACCCGACCACAAACUCUCACCGUCUCUCCGCCGCCGACGAUUCGCAUUAGAUCUCUGUGCGUGUCUCUUCCGUUCUCCUUCAUCUUUGUUCCUGAAGUUCAGCCCUAAACUCAUCUCUCCUUGCAGCGAUUGAAGACCAUUCUUACAGCCGCACCAUUGGUGCGAUCUUUUGGAUAUUAGUUUGAUCCGAUCAAUCAAAUACAAUUUUUGGGCAUUUACGGAUUGCGAUAAGUUCGAGUCGCGUUGGAGAAGCUGCAGCAGAAGAUGGCGUACGAACUGACUGAGCAGCAAAGAAUUGGAUUGGGUCUAAUCGGAUUUGGGAUCUUUUUUACCUUUCUCGGCGUGAUCCUGUUCUUCGACAGAGGGUUACUCGCCCUUGGAAAUAUACUGUGGUUGACAGGGGUAGCCAUUUUGCUGGGCUGGUACACCACAUGGAAGCUCUUUACCAGCAGAGAAAACUAUAAGGGCUCUGUCUCGUUUCUUUUGGGACUGUUCUUCCUUUUUGUUCGUUGGCCGAUUGUCGGUAUAAUCUUGGAAAUUUAUGGAUGCUUUGCACUGUUCGGAGGCUUUUGGCCGUCUGUCAAGGCUGUCCUUUAUCAAAUACCAGUCAUUGGAUGGAUUAUACAAUAUCCAGUUCUGGUAAGUACUUCCACUGCUACCUUUUCUUUCCUCUUUGCUCGCCCUGCUAAAGCUCAUCAACAACGAGCAUACAAGCAUUGCCCCUUGUUGUAGUCUUUGUAAAGCGCUUGAAUUUCGUGCUGCCGUGUGCUUACCAGAACAUUAGACAUUGGUGAUUGGACAUAUUGAAAAUCCGAUACUGUUUGCUAAUCAAUGUUAUCUAUCCUUAAGCUAAAGCCUACAUCUGCGGCUUAAAGCACUUCCAAACAGAGUAGUUAUUGCUGUCAAGUACAGCAUAUGAACUUUCUGAAUGAUGUCUAAUACACUGUCGGUGUGGCGAUGGUUGCAACAGAUCUUUAAUCGCCUGACGAGUGGGUAGAGGGUGGAAGGUUCUGUUUGGUAACUGGCUUUAUUGCUUACCAAAUUCGGACUGGGAUGAAAUGCAUGCACAGGUUUCUUCUUCACGAUGGACGAAACGGAGUUGCAACAGAACAGUGUUUUUCAGUACAACAGGGACUGGACUGGCGACUUCUUAGGGUUCCCUCUCAUUCGUGUAAUGUAAUGUCAUCUCUGGUACGUUGUACUCUGUAAGUUUAACAAACACGUCUUUCUACUGUGAGUUCUAAUAAAUACUUGCUGACCAAUUUUCUUAAUUUUCAGUCCCUUUCCUCAUACUUGAUAUGUAUGCUGGAAAUUCCUGCUUCGUCUCGACGAACAUGUUAACUAGAGUCGGGCUAAUCCAUAGUUCAAGAACAUAGUUGUUACACAACGUCAUAAUACAGGAAAUCGAAAUCGUCACUAGUCCAUACUCAGAAUCUCAGGAACAUGUGAUGAUCAGAUCCAAAAAUCGUACAGCAACGUGUUAAUUAGCAAAAAGGGAUGUGAGAUCUUGUGGGGGGGGGGGGGGGGGGGGGGGGGGGGGGGGGGGGUAAAGACCUGACCUUUCUUCCUAGACCAUAUUGUCAGUACCAAAGAUUCAGCUUUCUUACGUUGUUAGAAAGCCUGUGAGUGACUAUAGAGUCAAAGCUCAAAGGUCCCUACUUUACUAUUAUGUCAAUCCAAGUAGUGUUUUUUUCCAAACACAGUCAUCAAAAUCUGAACUUUGGAGCCAACAUGACCCCAUCAACCAAACAACCCCUUAACUAUGUUUCUACACUUUUGGAGGAGUGGACUCCUGGAGUGUUCGUGGUAAAUUGAUCAUUCGUUGCGCUCGAGUGAGCUCCUAGAGUGUUCGUGGUAAACUGGACGUUAAGUGUACUUCUAGAUCUUUCAACGUUAUUCGAACUGAUUGUUCGAAACAUUUGGAUUGCUUCUUCAUCUUCGACACCUUGCCCAGAAGGAGUUUCUUGUUCUUGUUCAGAGAAAUUCCAAGGGCUAAGGUUAGAUUGAGUGUAGGAAGGAGCCAGGGAGGUAUGGUGAUAUCAUCAUCUUUUAAUUAUGAAGAAAAUUGUUGUGCAUGUGUAUAGAGAGUCCAGGGGUGGACAACGAAUCUGGUUUAUACUGAAUCGGAUCGAAUCAAAUAUAUUUAGAUUCCAUUUUUGUUCUAUAAAUUAUUUUAAUUAUGAAGAAAAUUGAUCAAAAUUGAAUUUGGACUGGAAGGAUUCGUUUAUCUAUCUAUCUAUAUCUAUCUAUCUAUAUCUAUAUCUAUCUAUAUCUAUCUAUCUAUCUAUACUAUAUAUUAUGACAAUUCAAAAGCAAUCUCUUGCCACAUAAACACUUGGAUGAGCCACAAUUUGCCAAGUUGGACAACUUUUUUACAAACAAAAAAAUUAAUUAUUAAUGCAUUUAUGGAGCUACAUCUCUCUUCUUUAAUAUUUCCAUUUCUUUUAUCCAAUUAUUCCUUUUCAUUUAUCCAUUUAUUCUUUUUUAAUAAUAAGUUACAUGUUGA